AGUCUUUUCUGAAGUCUGGCAGUAGUUUCAUGAAGAACAAUGCCGAGCAACAGCAGCAGCAGCAGCAGCACAUCUGGACCUCCAGGUGUUCUGAGCGUCUGCGGAGGAGAGGAUGAAUGGGAAAUCUCCAAACUAGUCAACCCGACUGGAGCCACCUCCAAUUUGGCCGGUUUUAAUCUUUCUCUGAACUGCUGGCUCCACAUCCUCUCCAAAGAGUCCACGGUGGAUCUGCAUGGAGACGGCGCCAACCUGGCAGUGCGGGUUCUCAUCGCUCUGGUUUACCUGGUGGUCUGUGUCCUGGGCCUGGUGGGGAACCUCCUGGCCCUCUUCCUGCUCCACUCCCGCCACCGUGGCCACAACCACUCCUCCAUUGACUGUUUCGUGAUGAGCCUGGCGCUCACCGACGUCCAGUUCGUCCUCACCUUGCCCUUCUGGGCCGUGGACACGGCGCUGGACUUCCGUUGGCCUUUCGGCAAGCUCAUGUGCAAGAUCGUGAGCUCGGUCACCACCAUGAACAUGUAUGCCAGCGUCUUCUUCCUCACUGCCAUGAGCGUGACCCGCUACCACUCCCUGGUGACCUGCAUGAAGAUUAGCAGCCCCAGAGCGGCCGCCGCCCGAGCCAAGUGGGCCAGUCUGGCUAUUUGGGUGGUUUCACUGGUGGCCACGCUGCCUCAUGCUUUCUACUCCACCACCGUCCAGGUCUCCGCUGACGACGAGCUAUGCCUUGUGAGAUUCUCUGAGUCAGACUCAGACCACUGGGACCCUCAAGUCCUGCUUGGCCUGUACCAAACCCAGAAGGUCCUCCUGGGCUUCGUGGUGCCGCUGAUCAUCAUCAGUGUGUGCUACCUCCUGCUUCUGAGGUUCAUCCUGCGUCAGCGCGUCGUGGGAAGCGUCAUCGCAGACGGCGACGCGGAAAAGUCGGAGCCCAAGAGCGGCCGCCUGCGCCGCCGCUCCAAGGUCACCCGCUCGGUCAGCAUCGUGGUUCUGUCCUUCUUCAUCUGCUGGCUGCCCAACCAGGCGUUGACUCUGUGGGGGGUCCUGAUUAAGUUUGACCUGGUGCACUUCAGCAAAGCCUUCUACAACGCUCAGGCCUACGCCUUCCCCCUGACCGUGUGCCUGGCCCAGGCCAACAGCUGCCUCAACCCGGUGCUCUACUGCCUGAUCCGCCAGGAGUACCGAGCCGGACUGAAGGAGCUUCUGCUCCGCGUGUCUCUGUCCAUCCGGAACAUUUGCACCCGAGCUCUGAGAGGCAGGAAAGUGGAGGAGGCAUCGCACAACGUUGUAGUCAUGGUUCACAAGAGCAACAGCAUGUGACAUUUACACUGCAUCCCUGCGAUGACAUCAUCACCCCCUCAUCCACAACCACCUGGACUACUGCGCUGCUUUUGGCCCAGUGGCCGACGCUGAAUGUAAAUAGACCUAACUAUCUGGAGAGUAUAAAAAAAGAGAGCAGCGUCUAGCUGCUUGCCUAUUUUUCACGUGAUAAAUCCCAG